GUCCUGACUCUCCAUUGCUACAGAAGUUUCCCCCACAGCAACCAAAAAUAAAAGUCCUGCUUCAAACAGUUUUGAAUGGAUACCAGUCUCCACCUCACAGGCAUCUGAGGGAGUUGGGUUAUUGAUCAGACUUGCUGUUGUCUUUGGUGGGACUGUAGAGUAUCUUCUUGAAUGAAAACGGGUUAGAAAUAGAUGUCAGAAUCUGAUUAUAAGCAGGAGCCUUUUACUGCAAAAUGUCCACAUGUUCAUUCUCAUAUUCCUUUUGAUGUUGUUGCCUGCGCUGUUUAGGUACAGUAACAUCCUUCACGUGUUUGUGCGGAUAUCCCGAGAUGAGGGCCUGAAGACGUUGUACCGAGGCUUUGCUCCCACCAUGCUGGGAGUUAUUCCCUACGCUGGACUCAGCUUCUUUACCUAUGACACACUGAAGAAACUACACUCAGAGCACACCGGGCGCCCAGAUCCCUACUCAUAUGAACGGAUGGCGUUUGGAGCCUGCGCAGGACUUAUCAGCCAGUCGGCCUCUUACCCUCUGGAUGUGGUGCGGCGGCGCAUGCAGACUGCGGGAGUCACAGGUCACACGUACGGCACCAUCCUGGGCACCAUGAAGGAGAUUGUGGUCGAGGAAGGUUUAAUCCGCGGACUCUACAAAGGUCUCAGUAUGAACUGGGUCAAAGGGCCCCUCGCCGUGGGGAUCAGCUUCACCACCUUUGACCAUACCCAGAUUGUCCUGAAGAAGCUGCAUGAGAUGGGCUACACGGGUCGAUAAUAGCGAUACAGAGGGGGGGGGCGCAAAUUGGGGAUUGCUGGAUGACGUGUUCCCAGUUGAACCAUCUGGAGAGAAGGGAAGUUAGAGAGUGACCAUGGUGUACACACACUGGCUCAGAAUGCCUUAUAUUAAUGUAUUCUCUCACGUUAUCGGUGUGCAGCAGGGGAUGUAAGCGUGUGUGGAGGAUACACACUGUUGUCAUGGACAGCUAAGUGCAAUAUGUUCAGUGAUUUUCUGUGCGUUUGUGUGAACACAUGAUUCAUAACGCUCCUGACGUGGUGAACCAGUCAAUCUGAAAGUUCACACACACACACACACACACACACACACACACACACACACACACACACACACACACACACAC